UUCAACUCUGUUCAGGGAUUAGCCAGCUGCAAGGCCCGAGGGGAGGGGCGCAGCAUUCCUGCUCUGCACCUCUGUGUGUGUGUGUGUGUGUGUGUGUGUGUGUGUGUAUAAAGAGUGAGGGGCCCUCUGAGCUAAUUGGCUCAAAGGGUGACAAAGGUGGUCUGCUUCAAAAGAGAUCCUGGUGAGAUGUUCACACAGGAGAGGAGGAGUGGAGAAAGGGCGGCCGUGGAAGUUCACGUGAAAGAGGAUGAGUAAACUGAAAGUUGAGGAGAGAAUCAUGUCGUACCUGUCGCUGAAUGAGACCGACACCAGCCCCAAAGACUUGAACGUGGUGGCCAUGCUCCAUAACUUCUGGGAGCAGAAGCAGACGAGUCAGUCAAGCGGGUCGUCCAGUGAAUCGGAUGCUUCUGGUGGGGACGCAGCCGCCCAGGCAGAGAGCUUGAUGUUGUAUGAGUCUGCGCCCUCCCCUGGUCCCCCGUACGUCUGCUAUGUCACCCUCCCUGGAGGAAGCUGCUUUGGGAACUAUAAGGUGUGUGACACUCAGGCAGAAGCUCGGAGGGAUGCAGCCCGCGUGGCUCUGAUGAACUCUCUUGUGAACGAGCUGCCGUGUCGACGCAUCAACCCUCAGUUCAUCACUCAGAGUUUGGAGCAGGCGGCCACACACAGUGCUGUCUCUAUAGAAGAUGCGUGUGAUUCAAGCACCAGUAUAGGAACCUACAGUUUGCUUCUCCAAUCCUACACAGGAAGGACGAUGCUGGAGUUUCAAGAGAUGAUGACAGUUUUCCAGUUGUUGCACUGGAACGGGACACUGAAAGCACUGAGGGAAAGGCGGUGCUCUCGACAGAGCGUGAUUGCCUAUUACUCGCAGCGAGGUCUUGAUGAGUACAUGUGCAGCAGCAUGGCUCUGGAUUGGCUCGGACGGGAGCAGAGGUCACCGGGGCGGCUGGGGGAGGAGCUGCAGGUGGCGCAGAGGGAGCUGGUGUUGGCCCGGCGCCAAGGCAUAGAGCUACGCUUCUUCAAGGAAAAGAUCGAGAUCCUCAGCUUGGCUCUCAGUCAGGCAUAUGUUCACCACACAUCUGAAGCCUCGAGUCACACGUUUGAGCAUGAACAACUUCCAUUGCAGACAUUAUACGGCCUGAAAACAGAAGUCCGGACAACACCGUCCUGCAGUCCAUCACUGAGCCCUCAUCAAAACACGAAGCAAACAGUCUGUCAGACCUCCAACAGUCCGUCACUGUGCUCACAGCAGACUUAUGGGCCUUUACUCAACUGGAAAUAGACCGGAGCAGGAGGAAGAGUAUGGAUGCUAAAAGCUGUCAUAUGACUGAAUGAGCUAAAAGUUGGCCCUUUGAGAUGUGACAUAUGUUUGGGAACACAGAACAUAUCAAGCAUGGACAGGGUCUUCAGGUUUUCUGAGUUCGGAGAUAACGACAGCUGCAAAUACUGUGAUUAUUAGUGUAUAAAUAAUGUUAUAACCUUAUUAACACUUUUAUGAAUAUAAGAAUAUAGUGUUAACGAUGCUUAUGAUGUAUUUUUAACUUUAACAACAAGAAAUACAGCAAAGGGUGUAGGUAGGAAAUGUAGUUAUAGUGUCCAUUUUUGUAUUUAGAGCAACUGUCAUCUCUCUGAGACCUAUGAAAUAUAAUGUCACUUGUAACUUAAAGUACAGGAAUCUUAAAAUGAUUUAUAAUAAUUACCCAACUGUACAACUUACUAGCAACUCAGGGCUUUGUCUCAGUCCUCCUGUCUUCCUUCCUCUCUUCCAUGUCAUUUUUGGCGUGUGGAUUUCCUUAGUGGAUACUGACUGACUGUGUGACAUGUUGGUUGGAUGUUAUGAGAUUGAGUCUGUCAAGAGUGUCAGACACAUUUAUUGGAAAAUGUCAGAGAGCAGCUGGGUAUAAAUGUAUGUGCCAAGGAGAUUAGAGGAGAGUGUGGCAGAGGACUGCAUGGUCAACUGCAACUGCAGCUGUAAUUAUAGGUUUGAGCACUUAUUGUAUUCUUUGUGAUAAAAUCGAUCCAAGUCAAGAGCA